AUGGAAGGGGCCCGGCCCCCGCCGCCCGGGGACCCGCUGGAGCUCUCGGUGCUCGAGGGGCAGCCAGACGAGCAGACGCCUCUCAAUGGAGCCGCUCAGGUCAUCCCUGUCCCCUUUUCGGCCGAGGAGCCCCGUCCAGCCCAGGCUAACCAGAAAAGCCCUUGGAGCUCCUGCAAUAGGCCUUUGUUUGGAAAGUGUAAACUGUGGAUGGCCAUCGCCUUUAUCUUCCUCGGUUUCAUUGUAGUGAUCAUCAUAAGCUUAUGUCUUUUUGGAGUAACUUACAUCGAUGAAGAUGAAAAUGAAAUACUUGAGUUAUCAUCAAAUAAAACAUUCUUGGUCAUGCUAAAGAUUCCAGAGGAGUGUGUUACUGAAGAGGAAUUGCCUCACCUGCUCACGAAAAGGCUCACAGAUGUGUACAGCUCAUCCCCAGCUCUGAAUCGUUAUUUUACUUCAGUGGAAAUAAUGGACUUCAGAGAGGAAAAUGCCACAAUAACCUACCACCUGCAGUUUGGGGUCCCGUGGGAAGAUGACAGUUUUAUGAAGUAUAUGAUGAGUGAGGAAUUGGUGCUGGGCAUUUUGCUACAGGAUUUCCAUGAUCAGAACCUGUCUGGCUGUGAGACUCUGGGGCUUGAUCCAGAGGCUCUACGAGUGACGUGGUAG